UAAAUGGUAAUUGGCAUGGGGCAUGCAAAUUUCACCAUUGCAAAUACACACAUAUCCACGUCUCAGCGUGAUAAGCUGAGUAUACUUCACACAGAUUCAUCUUGAUUACCUCCCAAUGCCUUAAAAUCUUCAUGGGAAGAUAAUUUGCAGUGCAAUGGCAGCUUGACAGCAAAAGUCACGGAGUUUGAGCAAAUCCAAUACAGGCUAUUAACAACUGAGAAGCGAAAUGAGCAUGCUUACCAUUGGGGUGACCCCAAUAUUUCUUCUAGUCCCCAAGCUUCACCAUGCCCCAUCUUUUUGCUUGAGAGGAAGAAAGCGAGCUGCAUAUACACGUGUGUAUUCAUCGAUAGGCAGCGCACAUGCUUCAUCCUCCUCGUUGGACAUCAGCGACAAUUUUCAAGCGAGAAGGUCGAAGUAUUGGCAGCCCAUGUGUCUCUAUUUUACACAGGACAAAUGUACUAAGAUGGAUGAUCCUCAACACUUGGAGAAAUUCAGCCACUGUUAUUCCUCCCGCCUACAAGUGGAAAUUGAUAAAUUAAAGAAUGUGCGACCUCAGCAAUUUGAUUAUUUUUUAGUUCUUGACUUGGAAGGAAAAGUUGAAAUUGUGGAGUUUCCAGUACUGAUGAUUGAUGCUCACACUUUGAAAUUUGUGGAUGCCUUUCACAGAUUUGUGAGGCCGGAUAAGAUGAGUGAGGAAAGAAUUGAUGAGUAUAUUGAAGGAAAAUAUGGGAAGCAGCGUCUUGAUCGGGUGUGGCAUGACACUGCUAUCCCAUUUGGAGACACUCUCCAGCAGUUUGAAAUUUGGUUGGGACGUCAUAACUUGUGGGAAGAAGGGGCAUCAACUCUUCACUCGGCUGCAUUUGUCACUUGUGGUAAUUGGGAUGUGAAGACAAAGAUCCCACAACAAUGUCAACUUUCAAGAAUAAAUUUGCCACCAUAUUUUAUGGAGUGGAUAAAUUUGAAGGAUGUCUAUUUGAAUUUCUACAAACAACGGGCUGCUGGAAUGGUGGCAAUGCUCAAGGGGUUGGGGAUGCCGAUUAUUGGAACACAUCAUGUGGGCCUUGAUGAUGCACAAAACAUUGCACGUGUACUGCAACGCAUGCUUGUAGAUGGUGCUAUGGUGCAGAUCACUGCAAGGAGAACAGCAGCAGGACCAUCAGGGGUAAAUUUCUUAUUCAAGAAUAGGAUUAAAUAACCUUAUUACAAAUGUCAAGGUCCUUCGAAUUUUUUUCCUCUUUACAGAUAUGACCACCGUGGCUAUGAUCAACCAUAGUCAAUACUAAAGAAUAUAUAGACGAUGAUGCAUUAUGGGUCAUGCUUGAAUCCAGAAAACAACUUAAAGUUUAGAUUGCAUCUGGGUGAAAUUGCUCUAGUAUCUGAAAUUCUUUGUUCAGCACCUAACUUGGAAAUACGACACCUUGUACAUUAUGAGAUCGGUCUAUUUUGCCUCAAAUAUCAGAUUUUAUUACCCUCUUGUAUGGUGAUCAAAAUGUUCAUCCUAACCACCUUUAAAAUGUUCUGGGCACCUCAUCUUAUGUAGCUUCUCACUUGCAGAAGAAAUAGUACACAGAAAAGUCAAGGUUGUAGUUUACUAAUGUUCAGGUAGAGGUUAUAUGGAAUACCUUGAAGGUGUUUUGAUUAGUGAGAAGCCAAACAUAUUGAUAUAUUUUUUCAUUAAUGGCCAAUCUUGUAAAUUUAAUAAACA